GCUCGGGAGUUGACACUCAAAAGAUGGUUCGGUUGGAAGGAGUAAAGGUCAAAGCUAUAGUGUGUGAACAGAAAAGGGAAGGCCAAACGAGAAAAGAUUAACCGACACUUGAACCAAUCUUUGAUUUCAUUCGUGAAACCAAGCAAUCGUUUUCAAGUUAGAAACGAUGAGUUCCGGUAGCAGUGACAAAGAGAAGGAGAAGGAGAAACAGAGGGUGAGUCGCACGUCGUUGAUCCUAUGGCACGCGCACCAAAACGACGCCGCAUCGGUGCGAAAGCUCCUGCAAGAGGAUCCUUCGUUGGUUAUGGCCAGAGAUUACGAUAACCGCACGCCGCUCCACGUGGCAUCCCUCCAUGGUUGGAUCGACGUUGCCAAUUGCUUAAUUGAAUUCGGCGCUGAUGUAAACGCGCAAGAUCGUUGGAAAAACACCCCUCUGGCGGAUGCAGAAGGAGCUAAGAAGAGUAACGUGAUCGAGCUUUUGCAAUCCCAUGGAGGCUUGUCUUAUGGGCAAAAUGGAAGCCAUUUUGAACCAAAGCCUGUUCCGCCACCGUUGCCUAACAAGUGUGAUUGGGAAGUUGACCCUUCUGAACUUGACUUCUCCAACUCGGCGCGUAUUGGAAAGGGGUCUUUUGGUGAGAUUUUGAAAGCCCAUUGGCGUGGAACGCCAGUUGCUGUCAAACGUAUUUUACCAUCUCUUUCAGAAGAUAGACUGGUGAUUCAGGACUUCAGGCAUGAAGUCAAUUUGUUGGUGAAGCUUCGACACCCCAACAUAGUUCAGUUUCUUGGAGCUGUCACUGACAGGAAGCCCCUUAUGCUAAUUACUGAGUAUCUAAGAGGGGGUGAUCUUCAUCAGUACCUCAAAGAAAAAGGUCCACUUAGUCCCUCAACAGCUAUCAACUUUUCCAUGGAUAUUGCCAGAGGAAUGGCCUAUCUACAUAAUGAACCAAAUGUUAUAAUUCAUCGAGACCUAAAGCCAAGGAAUGUUCUUUUAGUCAAUUCUAGUGCUGACCAUUUAAAAGUUGGAGAUUUUGGAUUGAGUAAGCUUAUCACAGUCCAGAGUUCUCAUGAUGUUUACAGGAUGACUGGUGAAACUGGUAGCUACCGUUAUAUGGCUCCUGAAGUUUUCAAACAUAGGAGGUAUGAUAAGAAAGUUGAUGUGUACUCCUUUGCAAUGAUUUUGUACGAGAUGCUUGAAGGUGAACCACCUUUUGCAAGUUAUGAACCUUAUGAUGGAGCAAAGCGCGCUGCUGAGGGCCACAGGCCUACUUUUCGAGCAAAGGGUUAUAUCCCUGAAUUACAAAAUUUAACAGUGCAGUGUUGGGCUGCUGACAUGAAUCAGAGGCCUUCCUUCAUAGAGAUCCUUAAAUGGCUUGAAAAGAUCAAGGAGAAUUUACCUUCAGAUCAUCACUGGCACUUGUUUACUUCAUAAAUGUCUACUAAACGGCUUGAAAAUACCAAGGAGAAUUUACCUUGAGACCAUCACUGGCAGUUGUUCGCUUCAUAGAUGUCUAAGAGCAUUAAUAUGUUCAGAAAUUCAGGUGAUUUAUGUUUCAUUACCGUUCCAGUUUGCUGCUGGAUCUUAUGGAUUGGUAGAGCUAACUGGAAAACCUGCAAAGCCAUACUUGUUUUCAACUGUUUGGAUUAAUGAGAAGACCAGGUGUUGAUUGCCCUUCUCUGGUUUCUACGUUUUUAUGCUGUUAAAGCUCUCGUUCCAUUCAAGUGAGCAUAUGCAAGUGGUUGUUUAAAGUUAAGCGUUUCAAGUGUACAAACUGAGGAAGUAGGCCACACCAAUGCUAUCCGUUGUGUUAUGCUCCAUCUCUCGUUUAAAAAGAUAAUAGUAGCUUCCACUCUUGUAUUAUGCUUUACCAAUUCCUGUGGUACAGAUGCUACCAACUUUUUUGGGGUUGCGCUUCUCGUGGGAAUUUAUUUUCUUCGCUUAUUUCACGUGAAUUCAGUGAUCUGCUGUGAAAAAUCGUGUCAAUGGUGGAUUCAAUUUCCGGAGCUGUUUAGUUUUUAAUUACAAAGAGUAUGUCAAAAAAUGUAUUUAAAAAAAUGGGAGAGAAUGCAUUGUUAGGAUUUUUAUU